GCCAUUAACAAGCUUGACGAGCAAGUUGGGGAUGGCAAUUGAAACUCUUUAUAUAGCUUCCAUAUUCAAGUACAAAAGAUCCAAGCCAACUCUUUUGAGAGAAAGAUAUGGGAGAAGAAAACAAAGUGACACUUCAUGGAACAUGGGGAAGCCCUUUCACUAAAAGGGUGGAACUGGCCCUUAAGCUUAAGGGUAUAACCUUUAACUAUGUGGAGGAAGAUUUGAGGAACAAAAGCCAGUUGCUUCUUCAUUAUAAUCCUGUUCACAAGAAAGUCCCUGUACUUGUUCACAAUGGAAGGCCAAUUGCAGAAUCAUUUGUCAUCAUUGAAUACAUUGAUGAAACUUGGAAAAGUGGCCCUAAACUCCUGCCUGAGGAUCCCUAUGGAAGAGCGAAAGUUCGCUUCUGGGCCAACUACAUCCAGCAAAAGUUGUUUGAUACGAUGUUCUUGGUAAUUACAACCAAUGGAGAAGCACAAGAUAAAGCAGGCAAGGAAGUGAUGGAGAAUCUAAAGGUGCUUGAAAACGGAAUGAAAGAUUUCCUUCAAGAUGGUAUUCCUACAAUCAAUAGUGAGAAUGUGGGGCUAGUGGAUAUUAUAAUGUGUUCAUUGUUUAGCCCCCAUAAAGCACAGGAAGAAGUCCUUGGUGUGAAGAUUAUAGACCCAGAUAAGACUCCAUUGAUAUUCUCCUGGAUUACAUCUAUAAACGAGUUACCUGCAGUGAAAGAAAUAACCCCUCCUCAUGAGAAGCUGGUGGAGCUUCUUCAGUUUUUAAGACAAAAAUAUGGUCAGCCAUCCACUGCUUGACCUUUUGCUGACAUGAUGUGCCUGCAAUUAUUGAAUUUUUAUGUAAUGUAGCUCCAUCUUUAAGGCAUAUAGUUUCACUGGAGCUAAAAUAAAAUAGUAGGCUGGAUGAAUGCUGUCAACUUUAUUAACUGUAACAUGUUAACCUUCUGGCAAUAAAUAUAUGGUUGAUUAUGGAA